UUCAAUUGUCAUCUCUUCCCUUGUAAACAAGUCAAGCCCAGGCCCAUCCUGACACAAGGCUCGACUCAUAUCCAGCAGUAAUAAACCAAAGAUCCGACCCAAAAGGAAAACCGAGAACCACAACCACCAUCGGCUGACACAACAUAGUGCAGAAGAGUGCCAUUGAUGCAUACCUCACCGAGAGUAAGAACCCUUUCCCUACUACAACAUUGCAAAACAUCAUUACCCACAAACCAUAUCACACAAAUUCACUCUCAACUCAUCUCCAACGAUCUAACACAAUCGCCCACCAUUGUAGCCCGAUUAAUACAACAUUAUUGUGCAUCAAAAGCUCCACAUGCCACCCAUUACGCCCACCUCGUUAUCGAUCAAUUUUACCGUCACAAUAAUGGAUGCAACCCGUAUCCGUUGAACGUUUUAAUAAGAUGUACCCCACCUGUCGACUCCAUUAAUAUUUUUGCCAGUCGGGUGUCGAAAGGGACCCCAAGUUUCGACGAUUUUACAUACAUUUUUGUUCUUGGAGCGUGUGCUCGACGCGUUAAAGCGUUAUGGGAAGGGCUGCAGGUACACUGUCGAGUGAUUAAACAUGGGUGUGUGUCGAAUGUCAUGUUGCAAACUACCAUGAUUCAUUUUUAUGUUAAUAGUAAUGCGUAUGCGUUUGCACGGAAGGUGUUUGAUGAAAUGCCUGUGAGAACGGCUGCCACUUGGAAUUCGUUGAUUGCGGGGUAUUGUUCGCGGAAAGAGUAUGCUAGAGAUGGGUUGAUGUUGUUUGUGGAAAUGUUGAAUGGCAAGUGUGGAGUGAAGGCUAACGAUACCACCGUGGUUUGUGUUUUGUCGGCCGUUUCACGACUGGGUACUCUUGAAAUGGGCGUUAGUAUCCACGGGUAUAUCGAGAAAACAGUAUGUGACGUUGAGAAUGAUGUUUAUAUAGGCACUGGGCUUGUUGACAUGUACGCGAAAUGUGGGUUGUUGGAUUCGGCUUUAAACGUGUUCAUGAGAAUGCGGCACAAGAAUGUGCACACUUGGACUGCAAUGGUUUCUGGGUUGGCUGUUCAUGGGAGAGGAAAACAAGCUUUGAAGUUUUUCAAUGACAUGACGGAUUCCGGUAUUUCGCCUAAUUCAGUGACAUUUACGAGCUUGUUGUUGGCUUGUUCGCAAGCGGGGCUUGUGGAAGAAGGCCUUUCUUUGUUUCACAACAUGAAAAACAAGUUUGGUAUUGUACCACUUCCACAUCAUUACGGUUGCAUCGUUGACUUACUGGCACGCGCUGGGCACUUAGACGAUGCAUUUAAGUUUAUUGUCGGUGAAAAAGUUGAAAGUGAUGAGGUUUUGUGGAGGAGUUUGUUACAUGCUUGUAGAUUACAUAAUGAUAUUGUGAUGGGUGAGAGAGUUGCAAAGAUUCUUAUUUCAAUGCAACCAGAGCUUAAUCUUGAAGCAUGUGACAGAAGUGAAGAUUAUGUUGCUUUGUCUAAUAUGUGUGCUUCUGCUGGGAAGUGGGAAGAAGUAGCUGCGGUAAGAGAGGCGAUCAUUGAUAAAGGAAUUGAGACCAAUCCUGCUGUUAGCACUGUUUUCACUUAGUUUGCAUUUGUGUUAUAUGUAAAUCAUGUGAUUUGAUGUUUUUAUUUAGGUAACUAACUAUCUUCAGUACAGUUAUUUUGGGUUUCAUUCUUCUCUUUUGUUGGUGAAAAUUGUCUGAAAGGGUUUAAGUUUGGUUCAACCUGAUUGCUUUGUGAA